AUGCCGUGCCGUGUUACCCCGUGCCGUGUCUCCCCAUGCCAUGCCGUGCCAUGGCGCGUUGCCCUGUGCCAUGGCAUGUUGUCCUGUGCCAUACCGUGCCGUGCCGUGUUUCCUUGUGCCAUACCGUGCCAUGCCGUGCCAUGUUGUCUCCCCAUGCCAUGCCGUGCCAUGGUGUGUUGCCCUGUGCCGUGCCAUGCCAUGCUGUGCCAUGUUACCCUGUGCCGUGUUGCCCCAUGCCGUGUUGCCCCGUGCCGUGGCGUGUUGCCCUGUGCC